GGGUUUGGCGGCGCACCGAGGCGAAGGAGGGCGGGCGUGUCCGGGACGGCGGGGCCUGGCGGCGGCCCCGGCUCCCCUCGGCCUCCGGAGUGCCUUCAGCACCCCUCGUCUGCCCCCAGCCCUCCGCUCGGCUCCCCUCCGCCCCCCGAGCCCCCUUCGUCUCCCGUCAGGCCCCCCAAGCCGCCUCAGCCCGCCGCGGAGAUGGAUGACGAACCCGAGCGGACCAAGCGCUGGGAAGGAGGCUACGAAAGAACAUGGGAAAUUCUUAAAGAAGACGAAUCCGGGUCGUUGAAAGCAACCAUCGAUGAUAUCCUCUUCAAGGCAAAGAGGAAAAGACUCUAUGAACACCAUGGACAAGUUCGACUUGGAAUGAUGCGUCACCUUUAUGUGGUUGUUGAUGGAUCAAGAACGAUGGAGGACCAAGACUUAAAACCGAACAGACUUACUUGCACUUUAAAGUUACUGGAAUAUUUUGUUGAAGAGUACUUUGACCAAAAUCCCAUUAGUCAGAUUGGCUUAAUUGUAACCAAGAGUAAAAGAGCUGAAAAAAUGACAGAACUCUCAGGAAACUCAAAAAAGCACGUAACUGCUCUGAAGAAAGCAGUGGAUAUGAACUGCAGUGGAGAGCCUUCUCUAUAUAAUUCCCUAAAUUUGGCCAUGCAGACUUUAAAGCACAUGCCAGGACAUACAAGCAGAGAGAUUUUGGUAGUCUUCAGCAGCCUGACGACAUGUGAUCCAGCCAACAUCUAUGAUUUAAUUAAGUGUUUAAAAGCAGUUAAGAUCAGAGUAUCUGUCAUCGGCCUAAGUGCUGAAGUUCGAGUCUGUACAGUACUUGCCCGAGAAACUGGUGGAACAUACCACGUGAUUUUAGAUGAAAGUCAUUUUAAGGAACUGCUGAUGCAUCAUGUUAGUCCUCCACCUGCCAGUUCGAGUUCUGAGUGUUCCCUUAUUCGAAUGGGUUUUCCUCAGCAUACUAUUGCUUCCCUGUCUGAUCAGGAUGCAAAGCCUUCCUUUAGCAUGGUGCAAUUGGAAAACAACAGUGAGCCCAGUCUCACACUGGGUGGGUAUUUUUGUCCCCAGUGCAGAGCCAAAUACUGUGAGCUUCCUGUGGAAUGCAAAAUCUGUGGUCUUACACUAGUGUCUGCACCUCACCUGGCUCGGUCAUACCAUCACUUGUUUCCUUUGGAUGCUUUUCAGGAAGUUCCACUGGAAGAAUACAAGGGGGAACGGUAUUGUCAAGGCUGUCAGGGAGAAAUGAAAGAUCAAAAUGUUUACAUAUGUAAAGUGUGUCAGAAUGCAUUUUGUGUGGAAUGCGACCUGUUUGUCCAUGAUUCUCUGCACUGCUGUCCUGGCUGUAUUCACGAGCAUCCUGCUCCCAUAUCUAUAUGACACCAUGUCUUUGAGAAAUUGUUUUAUUUAUGUCACUCUUGCAUGAAUUUUUUUUGUUCAGACAUUUUUUUUUUUCAUUCAGACAGUUUUGUUUAUUCAGACAUUAUUUUAACUGACACAUCUCAGAACAACAAUAUGGUUAAAGACGGAUGAUGUGCUGGUUUAAAGGUAAACCAGCAGGGGAAAUGAACUCAACUCAAAAGAGCGAUUAUAAAUCAGAAUAACAAUUUAAUAAAAUAAUACAAUAAGUACAAUUAUACAGACAAACAAUUGGUUUUAACCCACAAAACCCAAAUAUAUAACCCAGCACCCUGGGGCAUGAACAGAGUGGUGUUCUUUGGGCCCCCUGAGUCCAAAGUAAAAGGAGAGGGGAAAACCUGUUGGUGAGAGUUCUGCUGCAGUCUGGUCAAGAGUGGUGGUUGCAGUCCGGUCGAGAGUGGUGGUCUCAGUCUGGUUGAGAGUGGUGGCCUGCAGUCUCCCUCUGGAUCCCACGAGUGGUUAAAAAGGUCCCAAGACUCCCAGAUUAUAUAUCCUCCAGUUCAGGCAGGAAUGCUCAGUACCUCCCUCAGGGCAGGGGGCUCCUCAAUGGGUGUGAGGACAAGAACAACUCCUAUCUCACAGGCCUCUUAACACCUAGUUUAUAGCCUGAGGAGUCAGGCUCUGUGGCCAGAUAGUGUAAAUGGUUCAUUGAUAACAGUUUCUGGGAAAUGGCAUGGAAGGCUAUAGAAUACACAGUUUUGGGUUACACCCAUCCAGUGAUGAACUGGUCUCAGCUGUCCUAACUAGGACAGAUGGGCUCAGUAUUGAAGAGAGAUGCUAUUUGGUUCUGAGGCUUCAGUGAAUUGACAGAACUACACAUUUUCUUCUCUCCUGGGCUAAACCCCCAGAGCAACAGACAGUAAGGUGGGUGGAGAAGGGGAAGCGUGUGGUCUUAUCUGAACAUCAAAAGAAUAGAAUUGAGACUAACGCAAAACUCUUGUCAUGUGCUACACCUCAGGAAGAGGUUACAGGUGCAGUGUCUGAAGCAGUAGGUCAUACCUGGUUUUCUUGUCAUCUUAUGAUUGUAAACACAUCAGUGACUGAGUUACUCUGGAUGUAUAUGAAAUAUGACUUGAUUUUUUUAAAGGAUGAGCUUUGUUGUCAGGUUAGAAAUGGCAGUAUAAUGACUGAGUCUUAAAACUGCAAACAAGCAAAAAAAUUGAACCUCUAUCUUAAGUUAGUUCCCUGUUUUUCACGCUCACCACAUACAAACAAUGCACACUACAUUUCAGCUCUCACAGGCAGUUUUAAAGUCUGUUAAAUAUGAAAAUUCUCAAUUGUGAACGUAGCUCUUUCUGUGCUUUUUCUACCAUUUACGCCUGCAGGCUGGAUAGAAGGCAGUCAUUCUCUUGUGUUGGCAGAAAAAUGAUUGUUCACCUGCAUUUCAUUUUGUGCUUAGUCAAACAAUCCCUAUAAAGCCUUUGUGCUAUGCCUAUUACUGUAAGAGUGUCCUUAAAAACUAGCAGAAAAAGGACAUAGCCCUGGGGUUUAGUGGGGUCUAGGAGGCCAUUCCAAGCCAAACUAAUGCCCUGAGCAGCUGGCUCUUAGAUAUUCUGAUGCUGGUGACAGUGUCUUGAGACAGUUUUUUCUGGUAAUAUUUUCAUCUUUGCAUUCAGCACUUCUUAAUGGAAAAAAAGGUUUUGUCUGAACACUUCAAAUCCAUUCUAGCUUUUUCUCUUACUAGAUACCAAAAUAACAUACUCCCACACAGCUUCUAUUUCUGAAAGCAAAAGCUGUGUAUGAAGUUGUGGGCCUAUACUCCAUUACCUGCUUGUGGUCACAGCAAUAAUUUGGUUUGUACUUUUCUACCAUUCUCGUUGGAAGAGCAGUUCAAACCAGCUCCUGAGAAAUCGCUGCUGGGGCAGUAUUUCUCUGAUGCAUGAAGAAUUUCAGCUGUGUACUGUGUAUUUAAAACAGCAUGGAGGGAAUUUUCCCAUCACCUGUUCUCUUUUUCUGGCAUUCACUGGCUGUCAGGUCUUCUUUGCUUCUGGGAAGCUCCAACCUUCUUAAUUCUCGUUAUAUCCCUAUUUACUGGAUCUGCCACAAGAUAAGUUAGUCAGUGAGGUUAUUAGCAGGCCUGUUAGAAAUUCUUGGUAGUUCUUGAAGAUGUUGUGUAAAAGGUUUUGGACAUAAAGCGUUGAGGAAGAGACAAAAGACCAAAAUAUUCCGUGGUGGGAUUGAGGACACAACUGCGGCAGUAAGUUCAAGACUGGAGUGUGCUGCCGAUGGGAGUGCAGGGGACUUCAGAAAGGUGAGUGCCUUCACUUCCCUUCCACUUUAUACUUUCCUUGUGGGAAUAACAGUUGCCAUCUGUAAUGAUGAUCAUAACUAAUAUCCAAGACUGGAAGUGCUAAUAAUAUAUUAAAAUAUGAGUAAAAGAGGAGUCGACAAGAGGAGCAGGUGGAUGAUCGAAGGAGGCUGUGACCCCAUGGAGAGCCUGCACCUGUAGCAAGCUUCUGGCAGGAUCUAUGGCCCUAUGGAGAGAAGAGUCCUUUCUGGAGCAGGUUUGCUGGCAGAACUUGUGACCUUGUGGAGGACCCAUGCUGGAGCACCCUAUUAAAGGACUGCACUCCAUGGAAGGGAGAGGGCAGUUGUGCCUCUUCAGCAAUGAACAGUUGCUGAACAGAUGAUUUAGAAGCUUUGCAUCACUGCAAUCAAUCUUAAUUUACUUCAGCUAGACAAUGAAGAAAACACCUUCAGAGUAGCUUAGCUAAGUUAUGAUUACGUUUUUAUCUUUUUUCUUAAUUUGUGGGAAAACUGAUUCUCUCUGACACUUGACCACAGUAGGAGGAGGAAGUGAACGCAGUAAAGUUGAGGCCUGUAUUUCCCUGAAAAGCAAAUCACUGGCAUUAACUAAAUUACUGCCUAGUUUUGUGCCUACAGCCUCUGCUCUGCAAGAGUAGAAUUGUAGACUAGAAUUCAGCCCUACAUGGUAAGUGAUGCAACCUGUCCAUAAUUAGCAUUACAUUUCAGAGAGUAUGCUUUUUCUAAUUUAUUUUUAGUAAUGGUACUCAGGAAAAGGCAACACAGCAAGACUUCCUGAUAUAUUCCAGCCAUUCAUCCAAACAAUAAAGGUCUACAGAAGCUAAAAAUAAAACCACCUCAAAACAAACCACAAAGUUUGAAAAGUAGAACUUUAUUAACAAGCACUUGAAACAAGAAAUUAGUCUUUCUGAAUAAAGCUGUCAUAUUCAUGAUUCUAAUCAGACCCAUAAGAUGUCUCUGUUAAUAUGACAGUACAGUUUUCCGGGCCGUUACAGUGGGCACUGUAACACAUCGCUGCCACAGCUCUCUCUUUUGUAAAAGAAUAUUCCAUAAUCAAUGGUUCUGGUGCUGUCAUUCAGACAAAACGUCUGAGGAAUACAAGAGGUGUUAGGAUGAGAGAUAAAUGAAAUCUAU